UUUUCCGGUGACGUAACCAACCUGCGCUCCAACUUUUGCUGUGUAAUCCAGCGCAAGCGAGGCUGAUUGUCGUCUACUUAUCCAGAGAUUUUUAAAUAAACCUCCCACUUUAGACUUCACGCACAGAAUGGAAUAUUUAAUCGGGAUACAGGGACCAGAUUUUGUCCUCGUCGCCGCCGAUAAUGUUGCCGCCAGCAGCAUUAUUCAGAUGAAACACGACUAUGACAAAAUGUUCAAACUGAGUGAGAAGAUUCUGAUGCUGUGUGUUGGAGAGGCAGGAGACACGGUGCAGUUUGCAGAGUACAUCCAGAAAAACGUGCAGCUCUACAAAAUGCGGAACGGUUACGAGCUCAGUCCAGCAGCAGCAGCAAACUUCACGAGAAAGAACCUGGCAGACUACCUGAGAAGCAGGACUCCGUACCACGUCAACCUGCUGCUGGCGGGCUUCGAUGACGCAGACGGUCCGGGCCUCUACUACAUGGACUACCUGUCCUCGCUGGCCAAAGCCCCCUUCGCCGCCCACGGCUACGGCGCCUUCCUCACGCUGUCCAUCCUCGACCGAUACUACAGACCAGAUCUGACUCGAGACGAGGCGGCCGAUCUGCUGAAGAAGUGCAUCGAGGAGCUGAACAAGCGCUUCAUCCUCAACCUGCACUCCUUCACCGUGCGUUUGAUUGACAAGGAGGGCAUCCACGACCUGGAGAAGCUCACCCUCGGCACCAAGUGACCGCUCGCCGCCGCCGCCGCCGCCACGCCCCCGGGCCUCUCUUCCUCCUCGUUUUUGUACCGAUGACCUCCCUGCUCCUCCUCUCCUCCUCCUCCUCCUCCAAUAAAACGUGACACACAGCGUUGAGACUCCA